AUGGUCUCAGAUUGCUGCACGGCUUCCUGGUCGCACAGACAAUGAAAUAAAGAAUUUCUGGAACUCAACACUGAAGAAAAGGUUGAAAAUGAGCAGCAGCAACAUCAACAACACUUCAUCACCAAACAACAGUGACUCAUCAGACCCUAGAGAUGUCAUGGGGGGGAUAAUGCCAAUGAAUGAUCAGCAUGACCUCAUGACCAUGUGCAUGGACUCCUCAUCAUCAACAUCAUCAUCAUCCAUGCAAUCCAUGCAAGCCAACAUGGCACUAACAGACCAAUUUGACCCCUUUCCUUUGUUGUCCAACCGCUAUGACAUGACCACCGGUGCAGCCGGUUUCCUUGACAACAUGGCUGCAUGCUUAAACCAAGUUAGUAUGGUAGAUCAUGAUGAUGGGGUUGUUCAUGGAGGUUAUGGGGCAUUGGAACCUAAUAAAAUGGGGUUAGAAAGCGACUUUUCCCUUCCUCCACUAGAAAGUAGAAGCAUUGAGGAGAAUUCUAGUAACCCAAUUGAUGUGAAAAGCCAUAACAACAACCACUUGAAGAACAGUUGCUUCAGUAACACUGAUCAUCACCAUCACCAUCAUCAUCAUCAUAAUUUUCAAACCUCCAACAACGUAGUUGUAGAGGAUUUGUUUGGUUUUGGAAAUCAUGGGCAAGGGGAAAACUUUAGAAUGGGAGAAUGGGACUUUGAGGGUUUGAUGCAAGACAUGUCCUAUUUCCCUUCCCUUGAUUUCCAAGUUUAAGAAAGUCAUAUUAGAUCCACCUCACAACACAUAAAGAAAAUCGGCUUAAGUAGCUCUCUUUGCGUUAACAUUAAAUCUUGUUAACGCCAUUCCAAACACACAUUAAAUCUUAAUCCUUUUUUUUUCAGAGUUUCCUUAUUUCUUCCUUCCAAUUGUGUAAACAACUCUAUUAUAAGGAUACUGGUUAAAGAAAACCACAAAAAUAAAACUCUUUUUCCUUUUAAAAUUAUGAUCACUAGAAACUACUAAUAAAGUGGAUCAAUAGCAUUUUUUUAAAGAAAAAAAAAAACUUUAACGAGAGUACCUUAAAAAUACUUGUUUUUUACUCUCUUUCCAAGACACAAGCCCUUUUACUUGUUUUUUCUUCGUAUUACUCUCAUUGUUUCUUCUUUCUUUUCUUGGUUUUAAUAAAAAAAAAUGUCAUAACUCAAUUGUCAAUUGUUCUAGCUAGAUUUAUUUAGUUGUGCAACAAAAGAAAAAUUGCAUUGUAAACGUGCAUAGGGUGGGCCUGGGAUAUAUAUAUUUCUUGCUUUUUUUGUGCCCUAGCUGUUUCCCUGUUAUGUGUUUCCUGUCAUUUUCAAGGAAUAGCUUGGUUGGUGCAAUAAUGUAAAAGAGAAAUGUGAAUAGUCAUACUUUACAAUGUCAAGAGAAAAAUAAAGCCAAGUUGAAAUUUUAUGUAGUAUUGUGUAUAACACAAGAAAUAAUGUUGAGUUGAAAGUGGUUAUUUAGUGAUAGAUAAUAUAGAUCUUUAAUACAAUAUGUAAAGACAUCAAUAAGUAUCAACUUUGAAAUUCAUUCA